CACCCCCACUCCACCCACAGCUCCACCGCGUCGGCCGCUUCGUUCGCGUUGGACGCGCGACACGUCGAGGGAGAUAAAAGGCGGGAGACGAUGGCGAGCGAGCGAUAAGGAAUGGGGAGAUAGGAGAAGAGAAGAGAGAUACACAUUUAAAGGCAACCGAAGAUUAAAGGUCACAACCGCUGAGGACAGAGGAAGGCGGGCAGCAGGCCGGCUCGGAGCGGGUCGUUGUUGGGCCGUGAGGAGAACGAGUUGAGAUUUGAGGAGAGAUCACAAGAAGUUAUUCUUCUUCUUACCCGGAGUCAGUCGAACUCGGUGGGAACUUUCACCCUCAGCUCUGCGGCUCGCAACCAUGCUCGGCCGCGGGGUGAAGAGGAAGGCUCCGAGCGACGACGAGGAUGAGGUGGACGACGAGGAGGAGGAGGCGAGGCGGUGGUGCGGACUGCAUGCCGGGCUGCAGGCCCCUGCCCACCCGGUGAGCCGCCAGGCCAUGCUGGACCUGUCCCUGCGCAAGCUGCACACGCCACUGCGCCGCCGCUCCGAGCCGUGCCUGCGCCGCGCGCUGCUCAUCGCCAACACGCUGCGGCACGUCCACGACGAGGUGCGGCGCGACGCAGCCGCCGCUGCCCCCCCCUCCCACGUCCCGCGGGCGCCCGACGGCGACGACGAGAAACUGGAGUCGCUCUCGGCCGCCAUCGCCGCCGUCCUCAAAGACCUCGAGUUCGUGGAAGACGCGGCGGGACAGCCGUGCGACGCCGCCGUGCUGGUGCCGCCCCCUUCCCUGCAGCACCAGCUGCAGCAGCAGCAGCUGCAGCAGCUGCACCAGCAGCAGCGCAUGGACGCGCUGUUCGGCGUGGCGGCGGUAGCGGCGGCCGGCGGCGGCGCCGCCACGGGUUUCCUGACGGAGCUGGCGCUGGAGGACAUCUUCUGGGAGCCCGACGCCAUCGUCGACGCCUGGGGCCUGGCCAGGGGCGCCAGGCCCCACGCGUCGGCGUCGCCGUUCUCGGCGGCGGCGCUCGACGACGGCGGCGGCUCGCGGCCGUUCGCGGGCGGCGCCGCGACGGCGGCGGCGGCGCCAUCGCUGUCGCCGCAGCCGUGCCGCGUCGACGCCGCCGACAUCGGCGAUCUGAGCUUGGAGGUCAUGGUGCGGUCGUAGGUGGCGCAGCGUCGAUCGGCCGACGGGAGGGUGGGACGGCCGCCCGGCGCGUCGGCUCUGCGGUCGCCUUGGUGGAUUUUUUGGGACGGCGUCCGCCCCGGGUGGCGCUGUCGCGGUGGAUCGGGCGCCGCCCCGAGCGGACAACUCCAGAGGGGUCGACUCGGCCCAGUGAGCUCAACUUUGCGCAAAGUGAAUGUCGGUCGGCCUGCGGAGGAGGGACUGCCGCCUGACACAGGGAUGGGGAAUUUUCUGCCGCUGGUGUUCUGGACCGAGUGCUGCUGGCGAAAAUGUGCGCUUGGGCGCGCGGAGACAGUGAACAAAGACAAAAUGAUCAUCCGAGCAACCAUAAUUUAAAGUAUUUAUGUCGUCGCGACGGCAGCGUGAGGACCGGUGGCGUUUACGCGUUCGCAGACGCCUAUUUGAGUUAGUUUUUUCCCUCUCUAAUUUAAUUAAAAUUUGAGGUGAAUUAAGUUUUUUUGUAUUAUCGUAUUGGGACGAAUGAAUUGCAAAAAAAAAUUGUACAUAAGUUGCGGACGAGAUGGCGUGGAUCACGUCCCGGGUGCCGUGGCGAACAAAUCCACAUAUUUACUUUUCAAAUACAAAUAUAUAUAUAACAUUAAAACAAAUCGAGAACACAAACAAGCGUUUUUCCACUGGCACAUCCGAGCCGAGGUGAGCCGGCACGGAUACAGUCGUGGGCUUUUUCACUACUGACCGCCCCACGCCGUUCCGUACCGGGAAAAAAAACCCGCGGCAGGCUGUGGCCUCGCAACAAACAACAACGAGACGCCCAAAUCUAUCCCCGGUGGCCCACGGCAGGGCAACGGGCGGGGCCGGUGACGCGUUCGUUUUCGCCGUCGUCGCGUGGACGUCGCGUGGACGUCGCGUGGACGUCGACACACCGCGUCUCCACUUGUACGCUCUCCGUGCGACGUGAGUGGUGGAAAAUCAAAGCUAGUGCCGCCCACUCCAACCACCACUCCCCCCCCCCCCCCCCUCCAUGAACCGUGCCGGGCCCGACACGAUUACCCGGCACGGCGCACGGCUCGGUUGUGUCGGUGGAAGAGAGGUGGCAAGAUGGGACGAGGAGCGGUAUUUUUGUAGACGGGGUGCGGUGUUGCAGAUUGUGUGCCUGAGCAAAGUGCCUGGAAGUGAGGCGGUGAGCCGCGCCGUGCGAGUUCCUCCCGUGGAGCCAGCCGCGUGGACCUUACCAAGCGGGGGGAAAGACUGUAACACGCGAGGCUCAGCGCGAUCGCCAAUUGCACUGCGGCCCUUAAACGGUAAAAUAAAUGUAUAAUGUAUCUUACGCUCACGGUGCCAUCGCUUUACAGGUCACUUACGUGACGAUAAUUUACGUGCGAUGAAGAAAGGGCAUUGCCUGAAACGUCGCCUCAUUGAAAAUCUUUUUUUUUUCAUCGUAAGGCCGCUGUGCUGUUGACGAAUGUGAGGGGUGUUUUGUUAGUUGGUUGUUGCCGCCAACGUAGCGGCAACAGCAGCAGCGGCUUCGCGAAAUAAAUCGUUUAAUUGCAGCCGGGCCUGUCCCGAGUCUGUGACCUGGAAAAUGGACCACUGGAACCAACCGACGGAAAGCCAGCGGCCAAUACGGCACGUCUCGAUGUGACCGCCAAGCGACGAAAACGACCGCUCUUCCGAAAUCCGCGCGAGCGACGCACUGCCGCGUAUUCCCACCUUCCGGCCUUCUUCGCCACCAAAUUCCUUAUUACACUAAAUUCCUUCGCCGCCACAAGAGCCGCCACUGGAGGGAGCGCUAGAGAGAGCCGCCCCCUCAAGAGGGCACGCAAGUACAAGUCCCCGGUUUUUCUUUUUUGACUUUCAAAGAAUCGUCAAACCCGCGGCGCAACCCGUGCAGGUUUGGGUGCGUCGGGCCACCAAAGCCAUGGGCAUGUGCGCGGUGCAUCUAAACUAAAAAUAUUUGUAUAUUUUGCUAGGUAAGGCCCGCUUACCAGACGAUGGCUCUUCUUCCGUCAGCCACUUUGGUUGUAACUCCACGCUGCCGUUAUGUUUUGGCGGUCGCAAAAAAAUAUCCCACCCCCCCCCCCCCCAACGUCCGACUCUAGCAGCCCCCCUCCGCCGUGAAUCCUCUGUCCGGGUUGUUUCCUCCCCGGUAGUUCCACGGGUAAAAUACGAAACUCGCUAGAACGCAUGAACGCGGCCCUCCCGGAUUGGGACCGCGCAUUUGAGCACGGUUUUGCACCCGCGAGAUUUUUCCCACGCGCCGCUGCGGGCACACGUAGGUGGAGAUGGGUCCGGGGGGGGUGGUGUGUCCACGAGUUGAAUGCAACGGUGGAAGUAAGAAACGCUCACCGCUUGGCCCCAAGCUUUUGCCACGCACUACUGCGGGAGGGGAGGGUGGGGGCGGAGGGGCAUGUUCGUUCGCAGGUCGAGUGCAACGAUAGAAGUAAAGAGACGCUCGACCCCGCAGCGCAACCCGGGAUAACCGCGCUCAGAUUCUAAGCGGCCUUGAGAACUGGUGGCCCACGGGUAAAAUGUACGAAUGAAUGCUCGUGAGUUGAAUGAAAAGCCUCUUGGCAUAUAUAGAGGACUGCAGAGCUCGGGGAAUUGUUGUUAAAGCCGGCUCCUCACCGCCGGACUCCCCCUCAUCUGUGGCUUCUGGACGAUCACGAGAGACGCAGUUUGCAUGGAUGACGACGACGAUGCCGUAGAUUAAAACAUAAACUGAAAUGAAACGUGGGUGAUCAUUGCCGCUAAUCAUGCUAAUCGGCCACCGAGAUUACGAGCGUGAGGAGCGGGCUAACGUUCGAAUCAGCCGUGCCCCCGUAGACGAACAAAAUUAUUCGCGAGCGCGGUUUAGCCACGACCAGAAAAAACCCGCCCAUGAACUGUUCAGAGCCAAACUUUGUUUACGUUUUCAGUAAGUUUGUGACGGUCAAGUGGUGGUCCCGUUCUGCGUGGAGUUCCUCGGCAUUCCGCCAGCCUCAAUUUAUACACCGCCCUGGCCAAUCGUGAACCGUCUUCGGGAACAGGAAGAGGUAUCGGUGUCGACGAGAAGUGGAUGCCACCACAGGAGAUUGCAUCAAACACUAAGUCGGGUACUGAGCCGGUAAACGUGCAACUUUCACCCGGCGUUGGCAUGUGACUCCAAGCCGUUUGGCCCAACGUUGGCCCAGCAUCCCAUGUUCACCGGGCAAGUACCUGGACGAAUAUGCAACAAAGUAUUUGCAAGUUGUUAAGUCCCUGAACGCCUGCGCAGCACUUGCCGCCGUUUCUUUUGUGCCCCAUUUAAAAUUUCAAGAGGUGACCCUGUUAACGCGGUCGCACCCCACGUGACCUCGUCACACCCCCCCCCACUCCCGUCGGAUGCGUGUCUGCAAGCUGAUUUUAAAAAGGUCACUUGAAGCGAUCUCGGAGGUAGCUCUGUGGUGUCCGCUUCCCGGGGGGUUUGUGGGGCCGUUCUCCAACACGAAAGGGAUUUUUGUUAACUGCUCUGCUCGAGUGUCUGCGGAUGGAUUCCUUUUGCUCUCCUGACGACGUGACGCCAGUGGCGCCAUCGUCGGGAUAACGCGAUGAGAGUCUAAAUAAAUCUACGAGGAUGUUUUUGUUGUGAAGGAGUGUUCCCCGCGCGAGCCGGAAGAAAGCCAUCGGAGCUUCAAUCGGCAGCCGAUGCGGUGCCACAUUUUUGAACGGAACACACGCCAAGUAUCCACGUGCGUACGUGCGUUGUACUUCCUUUGCGCCGUACGUAGCCAGCCGUACUAAUCGGCGGUGCAGGCGAAAGAUCAACGAGCUGAACGCAAAAAGGGGAGCGAUCUUGUUGCGAGAUGUUCUUCAGCAAGGUCAAAGUAAAGUUUCAGCGACCCUGCGAUUUCUUGGCCAACGCCACUCACUGCUGGAGGAGGUGGGCGGGGCGUGGUGGGGGGGUCGUGUUUUGGCCUACUCUUCCACGUUGGAAGAGUGGUUGGAAGAGGAGUACCCACACAUGAUGAUGAUGGCAAUUCGAGCAAUGCAACUGUAAUUAAUAAACAUUUUGAAUUGAACGAACGAGGCAUUGCCAAUCCAAAGGAUGUCAUUUUAAUUUCUCGCGGA